AUGGCAAACGAGCCAGAGGAGUAUGAGCUCGUUUUCAUCGAUAGUGACGACCCAGAGCAGAUAGGAUGUGCCACGAUCUCGAAGCGUUCCACAAUCGCUAAACUCCGGCAACAAAUUCAAUCAUUAUUGCCCCUCUACGCGCGUGCGAGCCCGACCGAACUGGCUUUAUUCCAGGUAGACAUAUCGGAUGAAGGCGAUUUAGACCAGAAAAUCGAGGAAAAAAAGAAGGACCUGGGCUCACCGCUCCUUCCAAGUCGCCGCCUUAUCCGUUACUAUCCCUCAACCCCCCCGGAAGAUGCUAUACAUAUCCUUGUCAGGUGCUCCGCGUCGCCCCAUGAUGAGCUUCUAAAGAGGAAGCGCGAGGACGACGAAGGCCCAGAUGCGAAGCGAAGAAAGAUCCUUGAAUCCUUGAAGAUAGCUCGCUCUCUUGCCCCUUCCUCCGCCUCUCCGAAGGAACUAUUCGCACACUAUAAGGGGAAAAUCGACGUCAACCGACCCACUGCUGACCCGGAGACAAUCCCCAUUUCCCUCCUCCAUGAAGUUUUUGGAAAAUUCUUAGACAGCUACCAGACACACCGGCCAACUGCAGAGGAGAAUCGUUUGUUCAAUAACCUUCAGGAGGCAAUGUUGAUGGAAUACAGAAAUGAGGGCGACCGUGCAUACAAAUUCAAAUCUUUGUUUUCAGAGGAAUAUGGGAUAAAGUUGGAAGCAUCCCUUGUCUCUAACACGGCUUAUACCACCGAUGGCCACCUCCAGAUAGACGGCCAUCCCCUCAUCAUCACAGAAGCAAAAGAUGAUGUGACGAGUUCUAAGGCAGCCGCGCAUCUGCAAGCUUUCGCGUACUACCUACAAUUCAUCAAAAAGAGAAAGCCCGAGGAGGUGGGAAGAACUCCUUGCUUUCUCGUUUACUAUAUCGGUACGAACAUCGGCUUCGCCGGCGCCGUCGUAGGGAUGAAACCUCAAUUCGAGCCGCUUACAUCAAACUUGAGUUUCGAGGCCAAUCAUCAUGACCGGAGGAGACUUGAGCCGCUUGUACGGGCUCUCUGUGCACUCCAGCAAGGUGUAAAAUUGUUGCAAGACGUCUACCUGCCCAACGAAAACUCUCUUCCACCUCGAGGCUUUAUGUAUCCAUACCGCGACUUCUAUACGGAUGGUCAGUGUAAAGUCACAUUUGAAUAUAGCCGUCGCCUCAACCCCGCAAAGCUCUUCUUUCAAUGCGUACGAAAGGAGGACCAGAUGCCACUCUGCGUCAAGUUUACACUCAAGUAUGCGAAAGAGGCACACCAGGUGUGUAGCGAUCAGGGAGUCGCACCAAAGCUCUACAGUGUCGAACGGCUUCCGGGAGGUUGGUGGAUGGUCGUGAUGGAGUAUCUCUCCGAGGAGGAAUACACCAUGCGGAGCUCGGUCGAUGUCGACGUCGUCAAGUUCAAAGAGGCCAUUAAGGGUGUCGUCGGUUUUUUGCAUCGCAGCGGUUUUGUCCAUGGCGAUAUUCGGGCUUGCAACAUCAUGAUCCGUCGCGAGUGGGACGAUGGCAUUGGAAUGAGGAACGUCAAACUGGUCGACUUCGAUUGGGCUGGGAAAGAUGGCGAGGCGAGGUAUCCUGCAAAUGUGAAUUACGAGCAGAUCGUGCGACCAAAGGAUGCGAGGGAUGGAUUGCCUAUUACAAAGGAACACGACCUGGAGAUGAUUGAAACGGCUGUGACCAAUAACGAGUGGACAGGCAGACUCUGA